AUGAUAUUCCAUCCACCCUCCUGGCUGCCUGCCAUUUCACAGGAAUUGGCGUCUGCUCGCCCAGUGGGAGACUUUGUCCUUCACAGGCUACCCGGCACAACACCGGAACAGAAAGCCCUCGUCUCUGCCAUCACGCAGAAGGGCAAAACACAUCGAGAGCUCGCGGAGGAUGUGGAAGUAUUGGCAGCGGGCCUCGCUCACGACUUGCAAUGGACUCCCAACGAACCGGCGAAAGGGGGAAAAGUAAUCGCGGUCUUGUCAGAAAAUACGGUUGAUUACCACACGUACACCUGGGCUACACACCGUCUUGGAGGUACCAGUCUCCUUCUCCAUGCCAGCACCUCCCCGGCCGAAAAUGCGAAGCACCUGAGGCAUAGCCACUGCAAUAUAUUGAUUGUGUCUCCGGCGCUGAUCGAGGCUGGGCGUGCUGUGGUUGACAAUGCCAACUUGCUGGAAUUGGGCAAGACCUUAUCUCCUAUUCCAGCGCUGGACUGGCCCCCUGAGCAGGCGGGCUCUCAGAUUGCGUAUCUAUGCGCAACAAGUGGCACUUCCGGGACUCAAAAGCUGGCGCGCAUCACUCACCACGGCAUCAUCACCAAUAUCCUUCAAAUGAACUCAAUCGAUAGCCUAACCCAUAACGCGGGGCCGGAAGUCGUCUUGGGCAUUCUUCCCUUCAGUCACGUUCAAGGCAUCAUCGCGACGUUAACCCAUAUCUACCUGUGCGACCAACUCAUCGUCCAUCCGACGUUCGACAUGAAGGCGGCGCUGAUGUCCAUCCAAACACACCGCAUCAACCGGCUCUACGUGGUGCCGGCCAUCCUUGCGGCCCUCGUCGGGAAUCCGUUCCUGUUCAAGGCCUUUGACCUGUCAUCUGUUGAUAAGGUCUAUGUUGGAGCUGGUAGUCUAGGGCAUGAUCUCUAUAACAAAGUCAAGGUGGCACAGCCUACUUGGAAGAUAACAAUUGGCUACGGCCUGACCGAAAGCUCAGUAGGCGUGACACUAAGUAGCCCCCACGAGUAUCUUGAGAAUUCAAUCGGAGUCCUCCUACCGCAUUACACGGGUCGCCUCCUCCGCGAGGACGGCAGCGAGGUAGACUCCUUCGAUGAACCGGGGGAGUUACUACUCGCAUCGCCAAACCAAGCGGUCGGGUACCUGGGAGAUGACGAGGCCACCGCAGCUACGUUCGUGGAUGGGUGGCUGCAUACAGGCGACGUCGCCAUCUUCCGACGGAGUGCCCGCGGCGACAGCCACCUUUGUAUUGUUGAUCGUUUGAAGGACAUGAUUAAGGUCAAGGGCAUGCAAGUUUCCCCCGUCGCCAUCGAAGACUGUCUCCGGCAGCAUCCGGGGGUCUCUGCCGUAGCUGUGAUCGGAGUACCGGAUUAUCUAGCAGGGGAGAGGCCAAAGGCGUUUGUUGUCCCGGCAAAACCAGCUGGCGAGGUAGAGGCAGAGGCGCUCUUCGAGGAGUGGGAUGAGUAUGUCCAGGGCAAACUGACGGAGCCGCACUGGUUACGGGGACGCUAUGAGCUCCUGGACGCCCUGCCGCGGACCCCAUCGGGCAAGGUGACCAAGGGAGUUUUGCGGCAGAGAAAUGGGAAUGUCUAA